ACUCCGGCUGCCGAGGUGUGUGCCUGCGUGCCCGCUUUCUUUCUCUCCGUCCUACGGCGACUCCUGAGCUCUCGCUUCCAACGCAGCCAUGGGGAAAGGGCUAGAAGCCGCCGCUGCCCGCUACGGACUGGGACUGGGAUACUUGCUGCAAAUGGUCGUGCUGCCCGCUCUGGCCAUCCUGGGCGCCAGCAGCCCCGGCUCCGCUGCGCAAGAUGAUGAUUUUUUUCACGAGCUCCCAGAAACCUUCCCUUCUGACCCUCCAGAGCCCCUUCCGCACUUCCUCAUUGAACCUGAAGAAGCCUACAUUGUAAAGAACAAGCCUGUGAACCUUUAUUGUAAAGCUAGCCCUGCUACCCAGAUCUAUUUCAAAUGCAACAGUGAAUGGGUUCAUCAAAAGGACCAUGUGGUAGAUGAAAGAGUUGACGAAACAUCUGGACUAAUUGUCCGAGAGGUGAGCAUUGAGAUUUCACGCCAGCAAGUGGAAGAACUCUUUGGACCUGAAGAUUACUGGUGCCAGUGUGUUGCCUGGAGCUCUGCAGGCACUACCAAGAGCCGGAAGGCCUAUGUUCGUAUAGCUUAUUUGCGAAAGACUUUUGAGCAGGAGCCUCUUGGGAAAGAAGUAUCAUUGGAACAGGAAGUCCUGCUCCAGUGUCGUCCACCUGAAGGAAUCCCAGUGGCUGAGGUGGAGUGGCUGAAAAACGAAGAUGUGAUAGAUCCUGUUGAAGACCGAAAUUUUUACAUCACUAUUGAUCACAACCUGAUCAUAAAGCAGGCACGUCUCUCAGACACAGCCAAUUAUACUUGUGUCGCCAAAAACAUUGUGGCAAAGCGGAAGAGUACAACUGCUGCUGUCAUCGUUUAUGUCAAUGGAGGAUGGUCCACAUGGACUGAGUGGUCAGUGUGCAAUAGCCGCUGUGGAAGAGGCUUUCAGAAACGUACAAGGACCUGUACCAACCCUGCCCCACUCAAUGGGGGUGCUGUGUGUGAAGGCCAGAGUUUUCAGAAGAUAGCUUGUACCACUUUGUGUCCAGUGGAUGGGAGGUGGACAGCAUGGAGUAAAUGGUCUACAUGUGGAACAGAAUGUACCCACUGGCGCAGAAGAGAAUGUACAGCACCAGCACCAAAGAAUGGCGGCAAAGACUGUGAGGGUCUUGUCUUGCAGUCCAAGAACUGUACAGAUGGGCUGUGUAUGCAGAGUUUCAUUUACCCUAUUUCAACUGAACAGAGAACCCACAAUGAAUAUGGAUUUUCUUCUGCUCCAGAUUCAGAUGAUGUCGCUCUCUAUGUUGGGAUUGUGAUCGCCGUGAUCGUGUGCCUGGCUAUUUCAGUGAUUGUUGCAUUGUUCAUCUACCGGAAGAACCACCGGGACUUUGAGUCAGAUAUUAUAGACUCCUCAGCUCUGAAUGGUGGAUUCCAGCCUGUUAAUAUCAAAGCUGCAAGGCAAGACCUCCUGGCUGUGCCUCCAGACCUCACAUCUGCUGCAGCCAUGUACAGAGGGCCUGUCUAUGCUUUGCAUGAUGUGUCUGAUAAAAUCCCAAUGACCAACUCCCCAAUUCUUGAUCCACUGCCCAACUUGAAGAUCAAGGUGUAUAACAAUUCAGGGUCGGUCACUCCACAGGAUGACCUGUCCGACUUCUCGUCCAAACUCUCCCCGCAGAUCACUCAAUCCUUGCUGGAGAAUGAAGCCUUAAAUAUUAAAAAUCAGAGUCUUGCACGGCAAACGGACCCAUCAUGCACUGCUUUUGGCACCUUCAACUCUCUUGGAGGUCAUCUGAUUGUACCCAAUUCAGGAAUAAGUUUGCUGAUUCCUGCAGGGGCUGUUCCCCAGGGGAGAGUCUAUGAAAUGUAUAUGACAGUGCACCGAAAGGAGAACAUGAGGCCACCAGUGGAAGACAGCCAAACCCUUUUGACCCCUGUGGUGAGCUGUGGACCCCCAGGAGCUCUGCUGACUCGGCCUGUCAUUAUCACCAUGCAUCACUGCGCAGAACCAAACACUGAAGACUGGAAGAUACAACUGAAGAAUCAAACAGCCCAGGGACAAUGGGAGGAUGUAGUAGCAGUUGGAGAAGAAAACUUCACCACUCCAUGCUAUAUCCAGUUGGAUCCAGAGGCUUGCCAUAUCCUGACAGAAACUCUCAGCACCUAUGCCUUGGUAGGGCAGUCGAUCACCAAAGCAGCUGCAAAACGGCUCAAGUUGGCCAUCUUUGGGCCACUGAUCUGCUCAUCCCUGGAGUACAACAUCCGUGUCUACUGUCUGGAUGACACGCAGGAUGCCCUUAAGGAAGUGCUGCAGCUGGAGAGACAAAUGGGUGGACAGCUACUGGAAGAACCAAAAUCUUUGCAUUUCAAAGGAAGUACCCACAACCUUCGCUUGUCUAUUCAUGAUAUUGCCCACUCCCUCUGGAAGAGCAAACUGCUGGCUAAGUACCAGGAAAUCCCCUUUUACCACAUCUGGAGUGGAUGUCAAAGAAAUCUACAUUGUACCUUCACCCUGGAAAGGUUCAGCCUGAAUACAGUGGAACUGGUGUGCAAACUCUGCAUACGGCAGGUUGAAGGAGAGGGGCAGAUAUUCCAGCUCAACUGCUCUGUCUCAGAGGAACCUACUGGCAUUGAAUAUCCACUCAUGGAUCCAGCAAGUACCAUCACCACCAUAUUAGGACCCUGCGCAUUCAGUAUUCCCCUUCCAAUCCGACAGAAACUUUGCAGCAGCCUAGAUGCUCCUCAGACAAGAGGUCAUGACUGGCGGAUGUUAGCCCACAAACUAAAAUUGGACAGGUACCUCAACUAUUUUGCUACAAAAUCAAGCCCCACUGGUGUGAUCCUAGACCUUUGGGAAGCCCAGAAUUUCCCUGAUGGGAACCUGAGCAUGCUGGCUGCAGUGCUUGAAGAGAUGGGAAGACACGAGACAGUCGUUUCUUUGGCAGCAGAAGGAAAGUACUGAGGCAACCUUAGAAUGAGGAGGAAGGAAUGUUAACCAUGUCAACUGUGACUAACUCAAACCGAGCACCCCAGACCAAUGCAUUUCAUAAUAGAGGCAUUCCAGAGGGAAAAGACAUAAAAUCUAGACUUCUUACAUGCAUUCUCCUUGUACAUUAUCACAGGAUUUGAAAGAAAAUCAUGCAAAGUUGUUACCUAAUAAUAUAAUUCAAUCUAACAUUCCUCUCAGCUUGGCUGUACACUGCUUGGUACAGAAUUUUACAGUUUCCUAGGAAACGCUUUUUAUUGCUAUCCAGAUAUAUGGAUAAACUUUCUUAACAAUCCCAGUUUCUAUAAACGUUGUUUACAUCAAAUCCUGGACAGCGGGAGGGAAAGGACUGUCCAUGGCUCUCUUUUUAUAUAUUUGUUUUUUCUUAUUUUGUUGAAAGCCAUUCUAGACCAAGCUGUGGACAAAGCAGGGUUGUGGCUAUUUUCAGAAAACUCAGUUCCCAGCACCAAUUUCAGACCCAUUUCAUGGUUGCAAAUCUGUCCAUCAAAUGUCUUAAUGCAUCCCCCAUCAUCAGGACGCUUUCUAGAUUGAGUUGUUAAGCCAGAGUUUUAAACUCAUGCAUCUGGCAAGGAGAUAAUGCGGAUGCUGAACAGGAAUGCACGUACCUCUCCCUAUCUUCCCCAAGGAUGCCUGUGUCCCUUGGUGGCGUAAAUUGCAGGGAUUCAUGUUUAUUUCCAGCUCACAAUAUACCCUGCCUCCAUCAUCAAAAUAUGGUGUGUGUGUGUGUGUGUGUGUACGAGAGAGAGAUGCAAUUUGGCAUGGUUUGGGAGAAAAACCCUACCAAAAAAAGGUGGGGGGGAAUUGCUUGUAUGAUUAUUUACUGAAUACUGUAGUAUCUAGUGCAAAUUAUAUUAUAUUUCUUAUUAUUACUACUAUUAUUUUUGCUUUUCCAAUUUAUCUGCAGCAUUAAUCAUUUGAGCAAUGGCAGCACCCACCCUGGAAGCUGUUUGUGGCUGCCAAGGGUCUUCUCAUCAAUUUCCUCUGUAAAACCUAUCUCCCUCAAGCCUAAGGGCUGCCCUAAAAUCAGUUCCAGUGUGCUAUUGAGUUGGCUGUUAUCAAGCAACAAGCCUUCCUCAUGAUAUGCUUGCCUUCCUUGAUGGAUAACAAUGCUCUAUGUUUAAUCUGUGUUGGCCAUUUCACACAAAUAAGUUGUUUCGUAUCAGAGAGACACUAAAGCCCUAUUCACACAUUAUGUUCAGCACUCGUACAACAAAUGUAUAGUAUACACAGGUACAGAUCUGUACAUAGGUGCAGUUAAUCAUAUGUUAUGUUGAUCACAGAUACAACAGCAGUGCAUUUUGAGGGCCUGUACCCAGUUUCACUUUUAAAAUGAACACAUACAGUCACUCACACAAGAACAUGUACAAGUGUACAGGCAACUGUACACUUAUACAACAUACUGUCUGAAUAGGGCUUAAAAGAUGUGUUAAUCUGCUCUUAAUCACGUAGAGACAUUCUCCAGUGGUGAUGAUGUUGUCUUUCCUUUAUAUUUGCUGCUAAACAAACCAUCAAAGCUCCAUGGGAGUCAGUGAGCUUUGCCAUCUCUCAAUGAUAGCCUGGACCUAUGUGUAGCAUUCCUCUGACAGCCUCAUUAUUGCUAUUAUUUUAGAGAAGGAGUCCCUCUAGAUACUGGUCCCAAUCCAAAGAUGCCUGUGUAUGUUAAACAGAUAUUUCUUGUGAAUAGUUCCAUGCUUGGCAACUGUAGGAUGCAGCCGCUUGGACUGCUCAUUCAUAUUUGAGACCAGAGGGAAAUAUCUCUGCACAGCUGGGUUCAGGCAGGUAGCCUGCCUGGAUUGUGCCCAUUUUUUGCAUGCUUGAUGUUUUGGGCAUUUGAAGGUAGAGCAGUGGGUUGGCUCCCAACACCCAUGAACAUGCAUUAGACUUUGUAUCUGGAAGGCACCUCAGUGGAAUUUCAUCUGGGUUUCAUGUAAAGAAUGGAUGUGCAUCUUCAGUGGCUCCAGUGGACACAAGGGGAGAAUGCUGGCUUGGGGCGAUUUUCUGCCUCAAGCCAAGGAAGUGACUAUGCCAAGAGCACAUGAAUGUUCAUUGCCAGAAAUGCAAGUAUGGGCAUUUCUUUUGAGUGCCUGAAUUCAUCUACCAGAUGGUAUGUGGAAAUAAAUGGGUGAUCAACAAUCAACACCUUUUUUCGUAUAGAAAAAGCAAGCUUCAUUUUAAUAUUUGUUCAAGACAAUAAUGGGAAUAUAAGGAUUUUCCUUUCCCAUAUAGUAUCCAUGAUCAAAUCAUGACAUUCAAUAGCUGAAAUGUGUGUCUUAAUUGUUGAUGGUGCAAAAUCUAGCACUGUGAUGCACACAGUGGCCUUUUGCAAAACCAUUUAAUUCUCCUGCAUCCCAUAAGCAACAACCAUCCAGUUGUCAGCAAAGGUUUGGCUUUGUUGAGUGCUCAGUUUGUAAUAGCAAGGGUAGAAUUGUCUAGAGUUGGUCUAGACCUUUUGAGUUUGUUUUCCCUGUCUUAUGAGUCCAUUUUCACUCGCUUUGGCAGCACAUAUACUAAAUUUUCACCAUUGUUUUAUGCACGAGUGUUUUCAUCCCAUGGCCUCUUUGCUUCAAAGUACUAGGACAGCUGAUGUGGCCCAAUGACAAAUGAAAUUAGUAAUUGUUCAGCUUUAAAUUUGUUUGCUUGGUACUUAAUGAGAGGGUCUCCUCUGUGAAAAUCGGGAAAUCUUUCUUCAGCUUCUCCUUCUAACCUUUUCUGUCUCUCCUUUCACCAUUGUUAACCCCCAAACCCCCGCCAUGGAACCAGUCCAGCAAUGGCAUAUUUUUCUUUUCCUUUGCAUUCUUCAGCAAGAUUUUACUUCUCUGAAGGUUCUCAAGACUGCAUUUCUAAAGGUAACUGUGAAAAUGCCAUUGGUUAACAUGGAAGGCGAAUUUUGUCUGACCUUUUCCCUAUUUUGACAUUUCCACAGGCUUUUAUUUUCAAGCCAGUGACUGUGUUUUUAUUAAACACAGAGCAGCGUUCAUAAAACAUUCCGUGUGAGGAGAGUAGUUGGCCUUCAGCCUUUGAACAGUCAAAAGCAAGGGAUAAGUUUUGAUUGGGUUCAUGGUGGACAGAAGGCUCUUUUCAAACUGUGGUCAGGGUUUGGUCCAGAAAGCUCCAGCGGAGCUUUACAAAUGACUCUGGGUCCAGCACGGCUGCCUUCCUGAUCAGGUUGUCCUUUCUAUCCAGAGAAAGCCUCUGUUCAACUUUUCAGAAGUCAGCUACAGCAACUCUUGGAGGUCAGAAGGUCUUUCCCAUGGCUUUCCCCUUCAUACUUCUGUAAAUUCAGUUUUGCAUUUAAUCAGUAUAAUAUUCCUGCCAAAGGUUCUCCCUUACAUAAAGAGGUGUCUGUAUGGCAGUGAGCGCUUGGCUGCAGUUGACCCUCAGUCUAACCAUCCUCUGCCACCAAAAAUAUUUUUAAACAUGUGUGACUUCAUAGGCUUGCAGUCACCGAAUCUUCUGUUACUUAAAAGCAAGACCAAAACUUAGUAGUGUAGGAAAAAUGGGCAGGUAGGCAUGAGGUGGGACUAAAAUAACUGACAGAGACACCAAUAAAAUAUAGUAAAAACAGGAAAAGGUUUACUUGAGUAAUAAAGUUUCAAAAAUGAAGGGGGGAGAAGUAGAUAAGGAACAGUAGAUAAGAUUAGGUUGACAAGAGUCCAAAAAAAUACAAAAUACAAGCAAAGUUGCUAGCCUUCUCUGCCAAGGCCUAACAGGUUAGAGUAGGAUCAGCUACUCUAUUGGGCAGUUUCUGUCUAAUCCACCACUGCUAGUGUAUUAGCCUUCUGGCUCUCACAACAUUCGGCAGGCAGGCAGGUUUAAUUACAAUAGUUUCAUGAUAAUAGGAAAGCUGCACUCAACAAGAAUUCCUGGUUCUUCCCCAUAAUCCCCAGCGGUACCCAUUAUUCCACAUGCUGCUUCUUAUUGCUCACCAAUAAGUGAGCAAUACCAGUCUGACCCUUCCCUCUCCCACGCCACUCUUGCUACCAGGGCCAGUCCAUUCAUGAGAUGAGGCAAGGUGACCACCUGAGGCAGUUCCUGCACCUCCAUUGGCAUCACCUCACCUAUCUGCCAGCCACUCCAAAGCUGCUCACCACUUCCCCUUUCUGCCCCCCAUUUAUGGGCCUGGCCCAGCCGCCUGACACCAAUGCCAGCACCAGGGGGUGGGGCCAGCCCACCUCCCUUACAUACACUGCCCUUGCCCAUCUUACUGCUGCUGUGUGCUUUUGCCAGAUGUUUUGAUCUCUUACUCUCGUCCCUGCACACAACAAACCUGUUGAUGGAAGGUGUAGUGGACGGGGGCGGGAGGGGGAAAGAAAGCAAACAAAAGGACUGGCAAAGGCACAGCAGCAGUGAGAUGAGGAAAGGUGAUGCAUGCAAUGGAAGUGGGCUAGCCCCACUCUGAUCACCAGCCCCUUCCUUGCUGACACUGCCCUUUCCCCCUCUCACAGCUGCCAUGCUUUUGCCAGCCACUCUGCUUGCUGGUUGGCCUUUUUGCUCUCUUGCUUUCUUCCUUUUCCACAUGGAAGAGAAGGUGCGUGAGACAAAAGCAAGGGAAGUGGCUGGCACAGGCACAGCAUUUACAAGAUUGGGAAGGGUGGCACCAUCAAGGGGUGCCUGGCGUCAGGGGACAUGGCUGGUGGUGCCUUGGCAUCACUUUGAUUGGCAUGGUGCUCAAGUUGAUAGUCCUUGUUACUCCCCUUGCUGAGAGAGAGAGAGAGAGAGAGAGAGAGAGAGAGAGAGAGAGUAUUCUUGAAAGCAAGAACAAUGGAUGCCCUCUAAAUAGCUUGUGCUAGUCUGCAUAAUUGAUUCUAAUUCUGGCAUUCUGGAUAUAAAUCUGUUUGUAAUUAUAGUGACAUAUCUAUAACCUUCUGUCUAUAGCUUCCAUGUGGGAAGGAAAGGAGAGGAGGUACCAAUACAGCAGCAGUAAGAGAGGGAACCUCAAAAGUGCACUAAAGAUGUAUUUUAUGUCAGCCAUUUGUGAGGGCUGAUCUACACCUGCAAAAGAAUGAUGUGGUAAGGUAGAUUGAACCACUUCAGACUGCAGGUGGUGGAACUGAGUUGCAUUUUGAAUGUUCCUCUAUGUUGCUAAAAUGUUUUUGAACUCGUUUAAUUUUUCAUGCCACCUUCAUCAGGGGUAUCCUGUUGAGUUGCUAAAGAUGCCAUCCCUUUAAUUAAAAGAAAAUAUUCCUUGAAAAAUACAAUGGGCAAGUAUUAGAAACUCUAAUAUGCAUGUUUGGUAUCUUUCAAAUACCAUUUCACAUACUGUUCAGAUACAGUAUGUUGUAAAAACCUUGGCUCAACUUUUGAGCAGAAGGGGACUGGGUAACUAAUAAGAAAAAAAUGCCACUGUUUUGUAGAACAUGUAAAAGUUAGCUCAUAACCUUUCUAACCUGUCUCCUUUGGGACAAGAUUUACAGCUAAGAUCUGUGAGCUCCUGUCAUUUCUGUUAUAUAAGUGGCUCAGGUGUGGGCACAGCUCCCAUGAGUGAAGGAAGGACACCAAGUUAGACAUCAAAACCUACCAUUUGUUACCAAAGGGAACAGGGAAUUCACAUCUUUAAAAACAGCAUUUGCUCUACCAUUCCCUUGCUCUUACACGGGCUUAUGUAGAUAGUGUUUUACUGUUUUUAAUUAUGCUUUGUUUAUUAUAAGCUGCCAUGUUCUUAUUUUUAACAAGGAAAGGGUAGACAAAUUAAAAUAAUAAUCAACAAAUGAUGGGUACAACACACAACCAAUUUUCUCCUGAAUAGUCCUAUUAACAUAAUUCCCUACUGUAAGUGAGCUGUAGCUUACGCAAAGACAUCCCAUGCACAAGCUCCAACAUACUGACACUACGGAACUGGUGUAAGUCCAUCCAUGAUCAUUUCAAAUCCCAGAUGUUCCUUCCUUACAUAGAAUACAAGACAUCUUACUCUAUAAAGUCCCUCUUACUUCAUUUAAAAAAAAAGUGUAAUCUGUUAAUUUGGACUGCUCUGACAAAAAGGUAUCUCAGCAUGAUAAGUAGCUCAACAUUCACAGCUUGUAGGUUGGCCAGGGUCAGCAUCAGGGGCUGGCAUCACUGGGCAGUUGCUGAGGGUCCAGAGCCCUCUGCUGAUAUCUGACACUCCUUCUAUGCCCACAGUCCUUGCUUGGUUGUGGGAGAGCUACUUUCUCAGGGCCCAUGGAAGGCAGUUUGCCUGGGGUCUUCUGAAACCUAGAGCUGAGUCUGACCUUGGGGGUACUUAAUAUUUGUCAUGGGAUCCCAAAUGACUUGCUAGUUAUAGUCCACAUUUCAGCUGUCUUCACUUACCAUCCCAUUUUUAUCUCACAUCACAGCUGCCAUUUAACCUCCUAUAUUAAUGUUAAUUAUUCCUGUGAGAGAAUGUUUUGGUUCUGCCUUUUGUGUGUGGUCUCUAUUGUUACUUUCCCAAGCCGGCAGGGUGGGAUCUAGGGCCAAUUUAAUAUAGCAUUCAAUAUUUAAAUAUCACAGAGAUAGACCCUUCUAAAGACACUGAGAAGCUCUGGGAUUGAGUGUUCAUUUGAGAGGCCCCUUUGCAGGGGCAUAGCAAGGUUAGAGAGGGCCCUGGGACAAAAUGUGAAGAUGCCCCCAUACCCCCUCCUUCUUCGGAGGGGCAUGAGGGGGAAAGCAAGGAGGAAGUUCCCCCCACAGCUGGCUGUUGUCCUCCCUUGUUCAAUUGUGGUUAAGCCUCUGGCUCUUUUCUGUCUGUUCUCAGUUAGAGUGUACUGUUUGUCAGUGUUGAUGUGGUGGGUCCCCUCCAUGUAUGCAAUUUGGAACAGUUGACCACUUUGCCUACCCCUUCAAAAAAGGCCUUCACAAAGGGGAGAAUUGUUGGAUAAUGGUGUAUGUGUGUACAUUAUAUUCUGAUAAUUUCUCAUGUCUGUUUCCCCUCUUGACAAAAAUUUCCAUAUAGUAAAAUAGGUGUAGACUGUCACAUGUGAAUUUGAUGAGUUUAGUCAAUUAUACAUGUGUUGGAAAGCCAGAAGAGCAAAAUGGCUACAUCCAAAUUCACAUAUGAACAGUGUAUAUGGUGGUUGUUUUUACUACACAGCUCUUAACCCCCAUGUUGGGUAUGAAGCAGCCUGUGGAAAUAAAUUCUAGGGUUGAGGAAGAGUGAGAGAGAAAACGGAUUCCAGAAUCAUUCUGACUGUAGUUCUGAAUGUUUGAGUCCACUGCCAUCUAGUGACAUAGUCCAAUAUUGGUAUACUUUUUUUUUUUAAACUAGUGAAGUUAAAGAGCUUGGCAAAUUGCAUUUUUUUGUCAAUAGAUGGAAUCAAGGCAGAGAUUAGAUAGAUACAUUAAAAAAUAUCCUUAGAGUCCUCAAUUCCUGGAGACUCUGCUGUAUUAAAUAAAUUGUUAACAUUUCGCAGAUAACCUUUUAUGAUUUUAUAGAUCCAUCCAUUAUGUAUACCUCUUCAUAAUGAUGUAUUGUUAAUCAUAUAAAUAAAAUAUAUAAAUAUAUCUAGAGACAUAUACAUUACGUAAAAAUAACUAGAGGUGAAGAAAUGUUUUAAAUUUUAUUUUAUUUUUUAGAGUCCUAUAACAAGGAAGUUAUUUUAGCCUCAGGUUUUUUUGAAAUUUUCUUGCAGCAUUUUCUUUGAAAAAGACAAUAGUCAGUCCAUUCUGAUAACAUUUAAAAUAGUUUUAUGUAUACUGUUUUUUGGGUCAUCUCUGGAAUGGUCAAGGUUUAGCCUCAUGACUACAGUGCCAAUGGCCCCUAGAUCUUUUGUAAUGAAUUUUCCUUUUUCAGGGUGGUAAUAAUGGUUACCAAUGGUAAUAGUGGACCUUUGCAUUUCCCUACACAGGCUCCUAUCCAUUUCAUUGAGUUUUUCAUGAGAAUAAUGAUGGAUGGAUGAUCAUACACAUUUAUUUCUAUAGCCUGACAUCUGGGGAAACAGCAGGAUCCAUUUGCCCUGAUGCAGUGGAAAGUUGAUCCCUUGAGGUGAUAAGUCCAAGUGUUAAUUUUUAUAGCAGGGUAUGGAGGAUGGUAUUGUCAAAUGCAGGCGUGUGUGAACAUCUCUGGAUUGGGGCCAAGGUAUUUUCUCUUCCUCUCCAUGUCUGGUGUUCAUGAAUCAUUUGUUCUUGUAAUGCUGUCAAGGAUUCAGAGAUGAUACCCUACAGCAGGGAUUCUCAACCUUGGGUCUCCAGAUGUUAUUGGACUUCAACUCCUAUAAUCCCCAGCUCCAACAGCCUUUGGUUGGGGAUUAUGGGAGUUGAAGUCCAUCAACAUCUGAGGACCCAAGGUUGAGAACCCCUGCCCUAAGGGUUUCUUAUCUUGGUAAUGAAUGUGAUUUCUUGUCCAUUUUUAGCUGAACAUUUGUAUUGAGAGCUAGUGCAGUAGAGUGGCUAAGAGGCUGAGCAAUGGACCCGGAAAUCUCUGGUUUAAAUCAUGCCACUCAUCAGGAGGAAUAUGGCAAGCCACUUUCCCUCAGCUCAACUCCCUCCCUGUAUUAUGAGGAUAACAAUACUGACCCAGCUUUCCUGGACUGCCGAGGCAACCUAUCUAAAGUGUUCAUUUUCCCUUUAGUUAUGAUAAUCAUCUUACAUUUAAUGAGCAAUAAAUGUAAAUGCAUAUUAAUUUUAUACAAAACGAUAGUUGACUGCUCCUAAAUUCAGGAUACGUCAUAAAAUUGGCUCAUUAGCUUUCAUAGUGUUUUGAGGGUAUCUUUGCUCUGUGAUCCUCACUCCAGAGCUUGGCUAGCAUCUCUGAAUAAGAAACCAAAUCCCUACCCUUCACAUAGAUCCUCCGUUGAGGAUAUCCCACCAGAUCAUGAUUCUCCACUUUCUUGUUUCCAUGUGGCCCAUUAAGAAGUCUACAGAAACUUCUUAAAGAUAAUUUAUCAUUUGGCCAUAUUUUAAGGCAAAAGUUUCAUGCCAAUUCUUCAAACAAGAUAGAAUGCAAAAAAUGUCUCCACAGCCUGAUAGUAACAUUGUUCUCUUCAAGGCUAGGGUAGCAUUAAAGUUGGCGAUGUGCUGCUAUAUUGUUCGGAACACUAGAUUCUCACAUCACAGUCACUGUUUCCUCUAAAGAGUGCCCACACUCCCAAGUUUUUGGAUGUGCACUCAGUUAAUUUUAGAUCCCGCUCAGGUUGAAUCAGGUGCACACACACUGCCUUGAUACUACCGCCCAGAACAAAACUCAUUCCGCACAGAGCUGAAAAAAAAAUUAGUGGGACCACUGAUCACAGCUACAGUUCUUACAGCUUACAAAUAUUCUACUUGUCCAGAAAAAUUUAGGACUAGGUGGUACUCAGUAGCACAAGUUCAUUGGCUGACAUACUAUACAAAGGGACAUCAGCCUAGUAACAUUGCAUUGUGCAAUUUGCAUAAGUUGUCCAAAUGCAACAUUUCUGCAAAUUGUGUUAUGUAAGAAUAAGCCCAAGGCAAUGUUUAGGUAGAUGGACUCAUGCAUGGUGUAUCAGCCACUGUGUGAGACCAAUGUAGAUUUUUUAUCUCCCUUGGCUCUUCUCCCAAGGUGAAUGCUUAUACAUUAAAUGCUCGCAUCUUAUCAGACCUUUUUACUCUGAUCCAACAAGAGACACCUGCACAUAGACACAACUAUCUGUGUGCAAAUGCACAUUCCCUUUAGCAUCAUGAUGAGCCCUAUUGAACAGGCUGGAUCUCUCUCUUGAGGUAGAUAGAAGUGCAGGUCCCCCAUCUGAGACUAUGAGUUGUUGCAGGUGACUUGUAAUCUGGAGCUAGAUUGUGGCAAUGGUUUUGGUUUAGAAUAGCUAAAGUCAAGAACCAGAAUCACUACACUUUCUCUCCACCACCCUUGUCAAGUAGUGUUCAAAGAGAAGUAUCAUUAUAAGUCAGCUAAAGACGGGCCUUAACUUCAGCCUAAUCUGAAUAAUGUAGGUUGGCCCUGUAUCAGGAUACUGAAAAGAGCAUAGGAAUUUACAUACAUCUUCUUGGCAUUUUAGUUCUUUUAGCUGUGCUAUUUGCAAAAGGAACAGAUAGCCCAUGUGUCCCACUGGAGAAAGAUAUUUAGCAUUUUCUGUCAUGUCAGUGAAAAUGUGUAUUGUUAUUUUAACAUCUAUUCUAGCUCACCAAGAUCUCCUUACCUGUAUAUGAUGAUGGACACGGCCUUGUCACCAAAGAAUACUACAGAGAUGACAUUCUUAUGUAAUGAUUCUGGUUUUCUUCCCAGGGUCAUGAAGCCAAAUGUCACUUCCUUUGGGGAACUCUAGUUGAGGCUGGUAGUAGCAGGGGGAAAUGCCCCUUUGCUAGGAAAUACAUUGUUGCAUUGUUUACUCGAGCUUGUGUGGUCUACACAUGGCUAUUUCCACAAACUGACUGUAAUAUAAACCCAGGAGAGCAGGGGAGGGAAAAUAAGCCAGCAAAGUAAACAAGAUAAUACAGAGCAAAGUGUGGUGCUUGCUUUCAUUUUCCCUCCAUAACCUUUGCAAAUCAUCCUUUCCAAAAAUAAAUCCCAAACCACACAUCAACCUCUAACCCCUCUUUCUGAGAGAGAGCAUUGAACAUAACCAGUACUAAGAAAUAUGAUUCUCCUGAGGAUUAUAUUAUGGCAUCUAUGUUUUUGACUUCCUUUACUGAGAGAUGCUCUAUCCAUCUAUCACUGAACAGAAUCAACACUUGAUACCUGUCUUAAUACAGGCAGAGGCAACCCUAAAUUUAAAAAAAGAGGGGCAGGGGGAUUGAUGUAUAAUUUGUGCUUGGAAGGAGAAUCUCGUUUCUCAACUUUUUUGCAUCUCACAGCUGGACCAUAGUAGUGUUACUUAGGGUUUGUGCUGGCAAAAGGUUUUGGUUUAUUUUAUUUUAUGUUGCUGAUAUAAGAAAGUGUUUGGUUUUGAUCUCCCUUAUUGCUGUAUCUUCUAUGCAAUUCCUUUUCUAAAGAAUUACUAUGACUAACAGAGCAAAGUGCUAGCCAUUGCAUUCUUUGUAUUGCUGUACAGUGGAGGUGUAGUUUACUAGUUCAGAGUGUGCCUCUGUCCCCUUCUCCCCUUUUUUCUUCUGCCCUCUGUUUGUAAAUGCCUGCAUUUAUGCUGUCAGCCUGACAUGUACAAAGUGUAAGAAAGAAUUUUUAAACAGGUUAUAAAUUAUAUUUAUAAGCAA